ACUUUGUUGGGCUGAUUGUAACCUCUGUACAGGGGUAUAUUGUGUUAAACAGACCAUGGGCUUUCGUUCAGUGGCUAGAGAAGGCUACAAUUGAAGAAGAAUACAUAUUGAUGGCAGAGCCUGAUCAUGUAUUUGUGAGGCCUCUCCCUAAUUUGGCACAUGGAGAUUAUCCUGCUGGUUUCCCAUUUUUCUACAUUACGCCUGCUCAGCAUGAAAAGAUCUUGAGGAAGUUUUAUCCCGAGGAAAAUGGCCCGGUGACAAAUAUUGAUCCAAUUGGCAAUUCCCCUGUCAUUAUCAGGAAGGACUUGCUGGAAAAGAUUGCUCCUACCUGGAUGAAUGUUUCUUUGAGAAUGAAAGACGACCCUGAGGCCGACAAAGUUUUCGGAUGGGUGCUAGAAAUGUAUGCCUAUGCUGUGGCAUCUGCUUUACAUGGGGUGCAGCAUAUUCUCCGGAGGGACUUUAUGCUUCAGCCCCCGUGGGAUUUGGACAUUGGUAAGAAGUUCAUAAUUCAUUUUACUUAUGGAUGUGACUACAACUUAAAGGGUGAAUUGACAUAUGGUAAAAUUGGUGAGUGGAGAUUUGACAAGAGAUCAUAUUUACGUGGACCUCCACCAAAAAAUCUCUCGCUGCCACCACCUGGGGUUCCUGAAAGUGUGUUUGAAUCCUCCGGGAAACAAUCGACACAACCAAAUCAACAAACCACUCAACAAAACUCGGCAAAAAUGAUGUUCAGUUUUCACAAACCCAGACAAAACCAAAAUCACCGAAAAGGAACGCUUCCAUCAAAGAUCGGAGAGAGAAAGGAUCUGAUGGUGACGAUUUCCGCGAUGAAGGUGACCGGAGUGGCUGAACUAGAUCGGCGUCAUCCUCCAUUUGUGAUAUCCGAGCUUCGGACGGCGGAUGAGACUAUAGACUAG